CUUGUUGGAGUUUAGACAAGCGGAGGGAGCAAAAUGGCGGACGAAGAUAUUACGCUUGAUGGAAAACCUCUACAAUCGCUGAGAGUCGCGGAUUUAAAAGCCGCGCUGGAGCAAAGAAACCUCCCAAAAAGCGGGCAGAAAAACACACUCAUGAAGCGACUGAAAGGGGCUCUGAUGCUGGAAAAUCUUCAGAAGUCAUCCUCCUCUCACAGCGGGCUGCAGCCCAACUCACAGAUAGGUGAGGAGAUGAGCCAGAAUAGCUUCAUAAAACAGUACCUGGCCAAACAGCAGGAGCUCCUUCGCCAGAGACUGGAGAGAGAGGCCCAGCAGGAUGAAGACGCAGACGAAAGCCCAGCAGUGCCGGAGGAGGAUGACGACCACUCGGAGGACAAUGAUAGUUCUUCCUAUGUCUCUGACAAGCUGCAUCGCUCCAUACCCUCCCAGCCCUCAAUGACCAGGGCGGAGGAGAAGGGAGGAGGAGACUCAGUGAUGGGUCAUGGGAUGAUGGCCUGCGGGACUGACAUGGGCCCCGGUCCUAACCUCCACCCCCAGGAGUCCCUUGAGGCUCCAGGAGCUAGGAUGCAGAGAGCCACCUUUCAUCAAGGACACAAGGAGCCGCCAGCUCCCUCUCCUCCCCGUGCCGUAGCAUCUCUGUCAGUGCGAGUCCUGGGUCAGCCUGACCGCCAGGGGCUGCCCCCUGCCGUAUCCCGAGCCCAGCAGAAGGAGGGCACCGCACCGAGUGAACCAGGAUCAGCUCACCCCGUCCUUCACCUUAGCCGAUCUGCCGGGGUCUCAACAGGAGGUCACGAGGACGAUGAUGAAGAUGACGACGACGACAGUGAGGAUGACGAGGAUUGGGGGCCUGGUCCUGGCGGGUCACGAAGGGGCAACAGAGUGCCUCCCCAGCCACAGCAGAUGCCCCCCAGUGCGCCAUCAACAGUUGUAAGAUCCAAACGCAAGCUCCAGCCUCCGCAGCACAUCCCACCACCACAGGCACACCACACCCCAAUGCAACUGCGCCACCCCACUCCUCCUCCCUCUCCACCCCCUGACCUGUUUCCCCUACCUGACACUCCCAAGCAGAGCCCACCAGACACAGACGACCAGGAGGGUGAAGGCCCUGAGGCUGCACGUGGUCCAAGGGUGACGCCCUUCCCACCUUCCACCAUGCAGAGGCAAGACUCUGACUCAAGCUCACGUUCCAGCAGUCCUGAGCCCUCUGUGAAGCGCAGGCCGGGGCCCCUUUCUCUGCUCGUACACAAGAUGGAGUCAGAGGGGGCUUUCUGUGCAGGGGAGGCCACCUCGGCUGCAGAUAUGUCGGGAGAGGCCGCACACUCCUCUGCUGGGUCUGCCGGUUCCAGUGAAUCUCCACUGCAGAGACUGGAGAGAAAGAGGCUGCAGGAGAACAGAGAGAAGGAGGAAGAGAGGCGGAUGAAGGAGGAGAAGGAGAGAGAAAGAAGGAUGAUACAAGAACAGGAGAGAGAGAAGAAGAAGCAGGAAGAAGAGAAGGAGAGGAAACGACUGGAAGAGGAGGAGAAACAGCGUCAGAAAGACGAGCAAGAAAAAGAGAGAAAACAUCAGGAGGGGGAGAGGAGGAGGAAGGAGAAACUGCUAGAGGAGAAGAACAAGAGACAGGAGGCGGCCAACAAAGACAGGGUGGUUGGGAUGAAGGUCCAAGAUUCAGGAUCCUCAUCAGAUUCUGACUCCCAGUCAGACUCCUCUCCACGCUCAUCACAGUCCUCCUCCUCCUCCGGGGAUAAAACCCGCCCUGCCAGGCAGCUGAAGAAGGCAGACCAAGGACAAGAAUCAGAGGAUGAGAAAAAGACUAACCAGAGCAAAGGGGCAGAGAAACGCUCCCUUUCAAAAAGGGAGGUGUCGGAGCCCAGCGCAGCUGCUGUGACAGAGGUGGAACCAGACGCAGAGAGCUCCAUGCCCCAGCAGCCGCCCUCCGGGGCCGAGCCGGAGAACAGCGAGGGGCGCCUGGAGGAGAGCACCACUCCUAAGGCUUUUGCUGCUCGCAAGAUAUCCCUGACCAGCAGUAAGAUGUCUCCAGCCACCACAGACGGAGGAGCAGGAGAGUCGGAGACAGGAAGUGCAGCAGGGAGGAAGAGGCGGUGGGGCUCCAGCACAUCAGUGACUACAAAGAAACCAUCCAUCAGCAUCACCACUGACUCACUGAAGUCUUUGAUCCCAGACAUCAAAGUGAACCAGGAGGCGGUGGUGGAGCUGCACCCAGAGGAGCUUCAGCUGUCCGGGGACGAGGAGAACCUGGACACUAGCCGGGGCGACCAGGACAAAGGCCUCAAGAUCCGACGCACCGUCACACAGGUCGUCCCAGGUGACAGCCAGGAAAAUGGACAGACAAAUGAAGAAGAGGAGGAGGUGGAGAAAACAGAGAAAGAAAAACAACGCAGGACUUCCAGAGACAAAAGAAAGAACAGUGUUUCGGAGGAAGCCUCGGAAACACAGACAUUUGUCAAGCACGAUGGAGAGGCAAAGAAAGUUACCCCCAGCGACAGUCUGGUGCGCCGCUCCAUAAGCCAACAGAAGUCUGGCGUGUCCGUGACCAUUGAUGACCCCGUACGCACAACCAGGCAGCCCUCGCCGCCUCAUGGCAAAGUCUCAAAUAUUAUCCAUGUGACCAACCUGGUCCGUCCCUUCACCCUGGGCCAGCUCAAGGAGCUCCUGAACAGGACGGGCAGCGUGGUGGAAGAGGGCUUCUGGAUCGACAAGAUCAAGUCUCACUGCUUCGUCACAUACUCCACCACAGAGGAGGCGGUCGCCACCAGAGCUGCCCUCCACGGGGUCAAAUGGCCUCUGAGCAAUCCCAAGGUCCUCAGCGUCGACUUCUGUGAGCAGGAUGAGCUGGACUUUCACAAAGGGGUCCUGAAGCCGGAAAAGGUGGAGGACCCUAUUGCCCAGCCAGCAGGUCCUCAGAACCGACUGCCCCCUCUGAUGCCUGAGCGAGAAAGGGACAGAGAAAGAGACCGGGACAGAGAGCGCGAUCGAGACCGCGAACGGGACCGAGGCGUGGCCAUGGCUGGAGUGCGGGAUCUGUGGGCAGAGCGGGAGAGAGAGAUGGAGCGCCGGGAACGGGCCCGUGGCGAGCGGGAAUGGGACCGAGAUAAGGUCCGGGAAUUUGCAAGACCGGGAGAGGACGGGCAACGCUCUCGCUCCAGAGACAGAGAGAGGAGGAGGAGGGAGAGGGCCAAGAGCAAGGAGAGGAAGACCGAUAAGAAGGAGAAAGGAGACGAGCCUCCUGCCAAACUGCUAGACGACUUGUUCCUCAAGACCAAAGCAGCUCCGUGUAUAUACUGGCUUCCCCUCACUGAGGAGCAGGCGACGCAGAGGCUGUUGGACCGCACGGAGCGGCAAAAGGAGCGCGAGCGAAGGCGCAAAGAGCAGCAAGAGGAGGCGGAGAAGAAGCGCGAGGAGGAGAGGAAGGAGAGGCUGAAGGGCCGGGAGAAGGAGGUCAGCGUGGCGGCGAGCGGCGGAGCAGCCGGACGAGGAGCCGACGGAGACCGAGAGAGGGACCGGGGCCGAGACAGAGAGGGGGACAAAAAGAGGGACAGCAGCCACCGACCCAGACGACCCUCGGCAGGCGCUGGCAGUGGGCGGCGCUCCCGUAGCCGUAGCAACCCCAGGGACAGACGCCGCUGAGGGCUGAGCAGCUGCAGAGAAAGCUGAAGAGAGGGGAAGGGAGGGGGGGACACGGCUUAGCGGAGGACACUGCAGACAGGAAGUCUUGGGAGGGAGUGUUUCCACUCAAUUCUCUUGCAUCAAGUUCAGGACUUGUGUCUGCUGCUCGCCAGCUGCCCCACGUGCUUUAAUUCGUCCACUUUGAUGCCAGCGUUGUCUUCCACCCGCUUCUGCCAUUUCCCUUCCUCCCCGCCCACCCGUCCGCCCACACCUCGUCCACAUCAAUUUACACAUGUUGAGUACACGUUUUGUUAGUAGUUAAACGGCGGCUCAUCUAGCUCCCCACUCUUUUGUUCUGUCGUCCGGAAGCAGAAGUCACUCCUGUCCCUCUGCAGAGAGCGGCGUUCCUCCUCGUCUCCGUGCUGUUUAAUUCUCCUCUGUUGAAGAAGCAGAGAAGGGUGGUGUGUAUUUUUUUUCUUUUGGGCUCGCCUCAGCAUUUUGUCCCACUGAGGUUUGGGAGCCUGCCUCUUUAUUUUAGUUCUGCGGGCGCACAGUUCCUUCCUCCUCCGAGCCCUGUAAUAAAAUCAGUCCAAAAUAGAUCCCUGACCUUCAAAUAUUUCCUAGGAUCAGUUUUAGUGUUCUACUCUUCAGCACACAGUUGUUGAUUUUUUUUUUUGUGUUUUUUUUUACAGGCAGUCUUUGUCAAAGUGAGGAAAGUUAUUUUGUUGAAGUUUUAUGAAUCAUGUCAAUCCUUUUCAGCCUUGGAGGGGUUGUUGUGCGCCACAGCAGGUGAUGUUUGUGCGAGUAUAUAACCUUCAUCUCCCUCUCCCACGGCGAUACAACUGGUACCAAGUCUCAACACUGUAACCUAGAAAAGUGUGCGAUAGGAAGAGACGCGCCCAAGCUCAUCUUCUAGUAGAUGUUUUUGGAAAUAAGAGGGGGAGGAUAUAAAAUUCUUCAAGUGGAGGUUUACUCUGUAAUAAUUAGGGGAAUCUGACCUUCCCUGCACUGAAGUCUCCAUUUGGGAAAUCCCUCCUCUGACCCAUCAAUCAUAUAUAUUUAAGAGGACGUUUACCUGCUAAUAGAGUUAUAGUUACAA